AUGACUGACCUGCUGAGGAUCAAAGAUGUGGAAGGAAUGAUCGUCGGGUGGUGGAUUUCACUUUUCCUCUUAACUGGCGCAGAGAUUCGACCGUCCGAGAAGAGAGAUGCGGUUUCGGUGGUGGAUCUGAUCGAUCGAUCAUCCCUCGCUUGCUUUUCCCCUAAUUGGCUUGGCAGCAAUUUAUCUCGCUCUGGCUGUUCAUAUCCUCUAAGUAAGGAUCACUCGGCAAGUUGUGUUGAGGAGAGAAAUCGAGUUAUCUUUGCUGGUGAAGAUGUGAAAUGGCAAGUUGAUAAAUGGAGGGUUGGUUCGGUUGCUCUUCAGGUUACUCGUUCAAUUGGUGAUGAUGAUCUAAAACCGGCUGUAACAGCUGAACCAGAAGUAAUUGAGACAACGUUAUCUGAGUAUGAUGAAUACCUGGUAAUGGCUAGUGACGGCCUUUGGGAUGUGAUGAGCAGUGAAGACAUUGUGAGCAUCAUCAAGGACACUAUUAAAGUACCUGGGAUGUGCUCAAAAAGGUUAGCAACUGAGGCUGCUAAACGUGGAAGCAAAGACAAUAUUACAGCUAUUGUUGUUUUUCUGUGA